AUGUCCUCACGUUAUUUUGAACAUGAUGAUCGUGAAGAGCCAGAAGAAAGACCCAAAAGGUCAAGUCACGCUGGUGGAACUCGUUUCGACAGGAAGGAGGAUCGCUUGCAAGGUCGUCCAAAAAUUGAUCGCGAUCCCGAUACGUCUGCGCGCGGCAAUCGCUCGUUACGAGACGCACCACCCACAGAACCGCCACGUUUCAACAAAUACAGCGGCCAUGACGACCGCGUAGAGAGAGACGACCCUGAUGGCAACGGUCCAACGGGACGCAAGAAAUACAACGGCGAUCACGCUGAUAAUCGCGGCUGGGAACGUACAGCGCUUGGCCGCGGCGAGCAGAAGGAGAGAUGGGAGCGUCAUGAUAGCAGCGCUGGAGCAGGGGGCUUCCGGGGAGGACGCGGCGGUUACCGCGGCGGCUCCGGAACCGACGACUCCCGAGUCCGCCGUGACGGCCACGACGACCGUGACGAGCACGACUACAGCGGGGGCCGUGAUGCUCAUCGGCGCCGUGGCGGUGGCGCCGGUGGCGGUGGCUGGGAUGAGCGCCCCGGCAAUCCGGGCGGCGGCGCCGGUGGUGGCGGUGGAGGUCGAUUGUCUCGCACCUUGGAAGCCAGACUUGGAGAGCCCCGAAACAACACCGCCGCUGGAGCAGCGGCCUUUACAGCCGACCGAGGCGAGGGUGGCGACGGUGGGUACGGCGGCGGCGGCGGGUACGGCAGCGGACGCGGUGGAUACCGUAACGAGCAUGACGAUAGAGACAACGACGGCGGCUGGUACGCUUACGGCGGCGGAGGUGGCGGUGGCGGCCGGGGCCGCUACCGCGGGGAGCAUGAUGACCGGGUAGCAGACGGCGGCGGAGGCGGAAUCGGCAGGUACGGCGGCGGAGGCCGUGGCGGCGGCGCCCGGCACCGUGACGAGCAUGACCACCGGGACGCGGUCGGGGACGACGACGAUGACGACGACGGCUAUGGAGCCCCCGGUGGUGGCAAGGGCCGCGGGGGCGGCCGGGGCCGGGGGCGCGGCUGGGGCAGCAGCCGGCUUCAGGACGACGCUGGCGGCUCCACCGCCACCUCUGGGGGAACACCCCAUUUUCAUCUCCGCAGUUCCCGGAAACACAUCUUUACGGGCUACUCACGCCGCGACCGGGAGCGGUCCCGCAGUCCCAUGGGUCGCUGGGGACAUGACAAAUUCCAGGAACUGGUCGAGGAGGAGGAGAAGGCGGCGGAGGGGCAGGAGGGUGGUGAGGGCAAGGACGAUGUCGUGCAGCAAGACGGCGCCGCGGGCUGGGGGGCGGGAGCGCAGAGAGGGUUGGGGCCCAGGCGGCGUUGGGGGGCGGGGCCAGAGGCGGGCCUGGACCGAAAUGGUAGUGGCGGCGGUGCCGGUGGAGAGGGCGACGAGGCGCACGGGGAUAAACUGGAUGAUGAGUUAAUGGCGGAGGCGGCGGAGGCGGCGGCGUACGACGACCUGGGCGACUGA